GGCAUUUCGGGCGCUUAAAUAGUUGAUUGCGUAAUACGUUUUCAUCAUGUUGGCAAUUCGACGCCUCCUGAGUAUCGACGACGAGGAGGAUGUCCAGCCGGGGAGAGGGUUUCCAGGAUGGCGUCGAGAGUAUUGACAUUGAGCGCAAGAUACGCGCAUGGAUGAGUCAAUCAGUCGAGGACCGGACGUGAAGCCUCUCAAGAUGCUGGGCACUCCAACGGUCCACUAUCCUCCGGUAGGGAGGUUCAUACCUCAAAUACCUACUCAGUUUCAGAUUUACGACUCUUACUUGAUCGAUCCGCAAUGGCAGAUCAAAUUCACAAUCAUCUGGACAUCGGUCCUGGCAUUCACCACCAUUGCAUCCAUCCCCUUCAUACUUAGAUCGUGGCGGUCGGGCAGAUUGUACUCAGGCCUCCUAGUCUGCGAGCGAAUGGACAGGAUACCGGGUCAUGGAGUUGCUGAAGCAGAUAGCUCGUCUCGUCCAUCACUAGCCAGACCUUCAACCUCCCGGAUGGUCAUGACGCUAGGGGCUUUGUGGCAGUCAUUCACCUACAUGACUUUCCCCCUACCGCGGUUGUCUAAAAAACGGCACAUCGCCGAACGACCCAUCCGGACCCUAUAUGCGUCGCUUUCGGUGGCACAGAUGCUGCUGGUCCUCGCUUAUGCUGGCACUGUUGUCGCCUGUUUCACAACGGGUGCCCAACUCAGGAACAAUUCCAACCGAGCCGGCUUCAUUGGUGUGGCGACGCUGCCUGUGAUCUUUUUGCUUUCUCUGAAAUCGCCCCUACCUCUACCUGUCUUUCUCCCAAGCCUGUCUUACGAAAACUACAACUUUCUUCAUCGUUGGGCGGGACGUGUGCUGUUUCUGUGUAUCUCGGUGCACGGCGGGUUGUGGUGCAAUCAAUUCAUCAGCACGGGGCAAUGGGAUCAGAUGACUGCCACGAAGACCGUUCGAGGUUUGCUAUCGUAUGGAUUAUUGGGAGGUAUUGUCAUCACGAGCUUGAAGCCCGUCCGCAGAAUGUGUUAUCAGCUCUUCUGGAUAGCCCACGUACUCCUCGUCGUUGGUUUUUUCGCAGCUAUCUCCUAUCACACGCCGUAUGCUCGUCCAUGGAUCUACCCCUGCAUCGCUCUCUACACCUACGACGUGGCCGUCCGCUGCAUUCGUUUCCGCAUCAAAGACGCAGUGGUCAGUGCCAUUGAUUCUAUUCAGACACUUAUCUACAUCCCCGACUGCGAUUAUGGCUGGUUGCCGACUCAGCACGUCUUCUUACGUGUUUUCCGAGGACCUGGCAUCUUCGAGUCGCAUCCUUUCACCAUUACAAAUGCGGCGGCGUGGCCCGGAUCGGGCAGUCCGCGAGGCAUCGUACUUUACGCGAGUAUCGCCGGCGACUGGACUCGACGUCUGCACGAGUCUGCGGUGGAGCGGCAAAUUGGCUUUGCAGACUUAGACGAUCUGCAAUCUGAGCAAGAUCUGUUCCUGGCCUUGGAGAAGAAAUCCGGUCAGCAGUACGAUGAAUCCGGAAAACGAGUCAAAGUCAUGAUUGAUGGCCCUUAUGGCGGAUUGAAGAUCGACCUCGCAGUCUCGAAUCAUGUCCUUGUAAUUGCUGGUGGGAGCGGGGUGACAUUCCUGCUGGGAACCAUGGAAGAAGUGUUGCGAUGUCAUCGAUGUGCUAGUCCCACAAAGGUCACAGCGGUCUGGACGGUCGCAACAUUUGCCUCUGUAGAGGGCUUGUCGUCCACCUUCUCAUACCUGAGCGAGCGUGCUGGCCGGCUUGGCAUCGAAUUCUCGCUCGAGAUCCAUGCUCGUGGCAGCUCGGCAGUCUCCACCGACCAUACCUUACCUGCCAAUACCAUCAUACACGACACAAGGCUCAAUGUCCCGGACCUGAUACGUAAGCAUGUGACAAUUCCGAGCAGACAGGACGUCGAAGAUGGUGGCGCAGAAGUGUCCUCCGGCGGACUGGCAGUCAUUGCUUGCGGUCCGGAGAGUCUGGUGGCUGAAGCUAGAAAUGUCAUCUCGCUAUUGAGCAUUAGCGAUAGAGUCCGCGCAGGAGGUGUUGUAUUCCACGGCGAGAGCUAUGCUCUAUAGCAUAGACACGCGCCAUGACUGAUGUAUUAAUUGUACUUUU